GUGGCCUCCAAGCUCGAGGAGAUGCUGAAACGCACACCCUACGAGUUCAUCCUGUGGAAGGCCCUCAUCAUGACCACACAAGGCUCAAUGGCGCGCUGCACUGUGCCGGAUGUGCUGCUAACCUAUGAGCUCUGCAUGGAACGCAUGCAACGCAAGCACUUGGACAAGCGCCCGCUAUCGCCGCGCCAAUCGGAUGAGCUAAUGAUGAAGCUAUUCCACAAUUGUGUCCUGUUCAUGCGACAAUCCGGACAUUUCGACCAGAUGUUUGCGCUGCUCAAAUUGGUGCUGAACUUGAAUUUAAAGAAUGAUAACCUGAAGUGCCUUAGUGCGUGCGAGGAAAACGAGGCGCCACUUAUCGAGUACGAGGAGCUGGUACUACGCUCCGGCAUGCCAAUGCACGAGAUUUGGACACGUGUCGAGCGGCUGCGUCAGUCCUAUAAUUUUCUACCCUAUUCGGAGAUGGUUGCGAACCCCCGCGACUGGCAGCGUUGCAUCGAGCCCAUGCAAGUCUCCCCCUUCCUGUUCCCCAUGAAGUGCGUGGAGAGCGGCAUGCAGCUGCUGCUCCUGGUCAUGCAGAUGAUGAAGCUUCCGUUCGUUCGCACCGAUUGCCUGGCGGAGCGCUUGUGCUCACGUAUAGAUCAGAUUGGGGAUUCGGAGGCCAUCGAGACUCUGCUCGUCGAAAUGGGUGAUCGCUUCACCUACUCGCUGCCCAGGCACAGCAGUGGCCUAGACUACAGCACAGCCGUGAUACAGAUGGCCAAGCAGCUGGCCACCAGCCCCACCUUUAUGUCACAUGCCAUCGGCCACGAGCUCUAUGUGGAUUGCAUUGCCCAGACGUUGCUCGCGUGCAGCGAUGGCCUGCAGGACAGUUCGCAGCGUUUGGUCUUUCUCCUACUUUAUAUCCGCUUCGAGCGCCUGCGCCUGACAAUGCUGAAGAUAGGCGGCCAACUGAAGGCGGAGCAGUGUGUCCAGGCCAGGCAGCGCUUGCGCGAUCUGCUCAUGCGGCCGGCUAAUAAGGAAAUCACCUGCCUCUACACCGAGAUGGCCAUCACCGAGUAUGAGACAGCGCCCAAUAACGAGAAUGUGGAGCGCAGCAGCAAGAUCUUAAAUAUUAUAUUGGGCACGUCGCCGGACUACCAGGACACCCAGAUGGUGCAGGCGCUUGUGGUGCGUGUUGAGCUGCUGCUGGCCCAGGAGAAGAGGACCGAGGCCCUCCAUUUACUCAAAUGCCUGGCCCUGGGCAAGAGCCCGAGCAGCCGCCCCGACGAGAUUAUAGCCACGCCGGAUGAACUAGUCCAGUGCAGCACCCGGUUGCUGGAUGCCGCUUUGGCGGCAAUGAGGGAGCAAGCUGGUGGGGCUGUGGAUCCCAUGCCACUGUGCGAUUACUUUGCACCAAAUCGUGUGGUCCUGCUGCUGCGCACACAUUGUCUGAUGCUCUGCCUGCUGAACGAGGUGGACAAAGCCUUCGAGCUGCUGGACCGGCUGCUGGCAGAGCCACAUUUCGCGCUGGAGCCGAAGGAGCUGGAGCGCACACGCUGUCGUUUUCUGCGGGAGCAGGUGCGCGAGCUGCAGCUGCUGUUGGUGUUCCACAUUCCCAGCCGGCAUAACACGCUGGGUCGCCGCUUGCGUACCGUGCUGGAGCCGGCGCUGGUGGAGUUUCCGCGCAAUAUGGCCUUUCUGCAUCGCUGGUCCGAGCUGUGGACUUUGCCAUGGUACAAGCUGCGCUCGCGCCUCAUCCAGUGCAAGGUGGGCAUCCUGUCGGUGCUGCACCUGAUCAUCGCGGCGCAUAUGCGUUUCAGUCAGUACUUCAGCCGGAGGGGCGAUGUGGAAGAAGAUGUGCAAAGCGCACAGCAGAAUCAGCGGCUGCUCCAGUAUAAUCGCUCGCUGAACAUAUUCGAGACUUUUCUGCCCACCAAUCCGCAUCGCUCCGCGGAGGAGGCCGAUCAGUAUUGGAUUCUUCGUCGCAACUCCUUGUACUGGCGUCUCUAUUUGCGCUGUCUGUCCACGGAGCAAACUAGCUUUGAACGCAGCAAACGCUGCCUUCUGAUGGCCCUAGACGAGUGUCCAUGGGACAAGUCGCUCUACAUGGAGGGGAUUACGUCUGUGCCGCAGGAAACAAGCAAUAUGCAGGAUAUUAUGAUUGAGAAGGAGGUGCGCAUUUUCGCUCUGCCCGAUGAGCUCAGUGUGUUGCGCGACGCAAAUCAAAAAAAUAUAAGCAAGUACUAA